UAGCACUACAGUCCACGCCGCUCUCAACAGGCCACACAACCAGACCAUUUCAGACAGCCUUAAGUUUAGCUCCAUCCUCUAGGCUACUUUCCAGGUAAACCUUGCUGUAGCAGCAUACCUUGGCGUGUAGCUAUUUAGACUAGCUAAUUUGGGUGGAUCACAAAACACGCACAGGUUCUUUAAUGGACGUUCAGGCAAUGGAGCGCGAUUUACUAUUGCGGGCGCAUUGGUAUAAAUGUAUGUUUCUAUACGUUUGCUUGGUCUUGGCAAAUGCGGAGUUCGAUGGCAGAUGGUCUACUACGCAGAUUGGAUCAUCUAAUGGACUGUGUCGGUAUGGUGGGCGAGUCGACUGCUGCUGGGGUUGGAAACGAAAUUCCUGGGGUCACUGCCAACCAUCCUACGUCUUAACCCUCAAAGUAGUCGGGAUAAGGUGCAGAGACCAAGCUGUAUGCCACCAUGGAUGCAAGCACGGACAGUGUGCUGGACCUAACAAGUGCACGUGCCACCCUGGCUUCACGGGAAAGACCUGCAACCAAGAUGUCCACAUUUGUGCAAUGGCAAACUGUCAGUAUGGAUGUGACGUGGUGAGAGGGGAGGUGCACUGUCAAUGUCCAUCUCCUGGAUUACAUCUUGCCCCAGAUGGGAGGACAUGUGUGGAUGUAGAUGAGUGUGCAGCUGGUCUUGCUGUGUGCCCCAAGUUUCGCAAAUGCAUCAACAGCUUUGGGAGCUACAUCUGCAGAUGCUAUGAGGGCUUGGUCCUGCAGUUCAUCAAUGGAAAAUAUCAAUGUAUUGCUAUUCCAAAGGUGAUUAUUGAGCCUCCAAGGCCUGGGAAAAUACCACCAAAAAAUAGAGUCCCUGAUGCUGACCAGACAAGGAUCACCAACUUACAACCACCAGUGACCAUACCAUCUAUAGUCAAAACAACCAACUCCACUGUGUCUACUGCAGUACCUCCACCUCGAAGGAAAACAGUUCCCCAUAAGCCACCUGUCCCCACACGUCAGUCCCAAAGACCCACUGUGAGAACUCCAUUAUUGGUCACCCCAAAACCACACUUUAGACCCUGGAGGCCACCAUUUCCCAUUACAAAGGCCCCAUCUCUCACUCAUAAGGUCAAUCCCACACAGUGGCUCCCUGCUCCAACAAUCACUUCCUUGGAUAACAGAAUAAGCAAAGUUUUCACACCAAAACAGAGAGGAGAUGUUCACAUACCACGUAAACAAGGCCAGGAAAAUGGACCGGGUAUUAAUUUUGAUGUUGAACUGGGAAACACUGAUGAGGAAAUGGGUGAUGAUCCAGAGGCUGGUGUUCUGAGCUGUACUUUUGACUAUGGCCUUUGUGGGUGGAUAAGGCACAGGGAAGGAGACUCACAGUGGACAAUAGUAGAAUAUCCUUCAGGUGAGAAAUAUCUGACUCUCCCUGAAGUCACUGUGAAGCACAGUGGAAGGGGAGCGCAGCUUCUCCUGCCUCUCAUUGCACCAUGGAACCAGGGCUCCAUGUGUCUGUCUUUCCGACAUAAGCUUGCUGGCCAUCAUGUGGGCAUGUUGCAAGUGUUUGUGGAGAAGGGUCGACAUCAUAGCCCAGCAAUGUGGGGUAGAACCAGGGGAAGUGGGUGGAUGUCAGCCCAGAUCACACUGUGGGGCAACAAACUUGAAAGUAUAAUUAUUAAAGGUGAGCGUAGAAGAAAUCGACAAGGAGAGAUUGCUCUUGAUGACAUCACUCUAAGAAGGGGGCACUGCCCAGAAGAGUAUAACCUGAGGCAUUGAAACAGUCACAACAAACACAUACAGAGAUGUCUUGUUAUGUUCCAAAGGGCAAAGAUAAAAUAUUUCUAUGAUCCUCCUGCCCCUUAUGCUUUAUUUCUAGAGCUGUGUAUUUAUAUAUGAGGAGUCUUAUUCAUAAUUGUUAACAGGUCAUUCCAGGCAAACAUGUUAUUGUUAGCCUGUCUGACUUUACACUAUGACAAUAUAAUUUGGUGUUACGUUGAUAUUAAACAGAUAAUCAGAAGAAACUGAUAGCCCUCUUCGUAUAGCAGAUAAAACGGGCCCAGGGGCCUUAUUCACAAAGCCCUUUAUCUUACUACUAGGAGUACUCCUAAAUUGCACUAAAAGAUUUUAGCUAGGAGUUUUCUGCUAAAAGUUAUUCACAAAGCCUCUCAGACCUACUCUUAGUAAGGAAAAAUGACAACUCCUGAACUAAGAGUGAGUCUUCGUUGCUAUGGUGGACGUUAUUACUCAUGCACGAGCUUGAUCAAAGUGACCACUUUCAUUGGCUGAUGAUUAUAGCGCGGGAAUGAUCCCAAACACCUCCCUUACGAUGAUGAGUAGGGGUGUCACGAUUCUCCAAAUCCUCGAUUCGAUGCAAUUUUCGAUUUUAAAGUCACGAUUCGAUUAGAUUUUCGAUCUUUUUUUCAACAUUACUAUUAAUCCAUUCCUUAUAUGUUAUUUACUCUUUUUGGCCUUUCCUUUUCUGUUUUGGGGGGCUUUUAUUUUGAAACCGCUUUUUAUUUUGAAACCGUUUCAACCGGGAGGUUGUAAUGUAAACAGAACCAACAUUAGGCUAAAACAGAGACGUGAACAUAGUGAAAUGAAACAACACAGAAUUAUAAUUUGAUCGUUUCAGCACACUUCGAAGAGACCCAAGGUUAGUGUUCA